CGGUAGACUGCCCCCCGCGAGACCUGGCUUCGCCCCGCGAUUUUUUAUUCCUUCGGGGCGGAACCGCGUCGCAGCCUUUCUCGACGUGCAGAGGUUUCCCGGGGAACGGCCGGGGCUGCCGCGGGCCUGGAGGAGCCCGACCCUGGUCUGGUGCACCACAGGUCCGCUCCGGCCACCUGCGGCCUGGGCGCGCCGCCCGACCGAGUCCGGAACCUGGGGCCGGGCGGGGCCCGCACAUCCGGCCCCACCCACUCGGGCCUCGCCUCCCAGAGCCCGACCCGGGUGCGGCGACACACCCCCUCCAGGCCGGCCGCCUCCGCCCAUCCCUUCCUCAGUCCGCUUGAUUGCCUCCCGGUCCCUGAGCCUCGCUCCCUGUCCCCGACAUUGCACUGACAGGCCUGCACCCUGGAAAACCACUAUGCGGGGUCAUAUCUUGUUUGGUGAAGAGGCCGAGUUUUUGGACUUUUCAAGGGCCUAGGAGUACCCGGUUCUGCCGACACUGCCAGGGUUUUUGUUUUCUUUUUUAACCUCCCUCCCAUCCCAAACUUCCAAGAACACUAAGCAGGGAGCCCUGGGAGACCUCUUUCAGCCCCCUCUUUGAACUAGUCUUGAGGUUGACCCCCGGGUUGGAGCAUGGCUAUGGCCCUCAAUUCUCAGAUCGACGUGCCCCUGGAGGUGGAGGGGUGCCUAAUAAUGAAGGUGGAAAAGGACCCCGAGUGGGCGUCGGAACCCAUUCUAGAAGGAUCAGAGAGCACUGAGUGUGAGACCUUUCGCAAAUGCUUCAGGCAGUUCUCUUAUGAGGAUGUGACUGGACCCCAUGAAGCUUUCAGUAAACUCUGGGAACUUUGCUGCCGGUGGUUGAAGCCAGAAAUACGUUCCAAAGAGCAGAUCCUAGAGCUGCUGGUGAUUGAGCAGUUUCUCACUAUUUUACCCGAGAAGAUUCAGGUUUGGGCACAGAAGCAAUAUCCAGAAAGUGGAGAAGAGGCCGUGGCCCUGGUCGUCCAUUUGGAGAAAGAGACUGGGAGGCUGAGACAGCAGGUCAGCAGUCCUAUACACUCAGAAAAGCAAGCCCCACUUGGAACAGUGUGGGAGGUAACAGACUUUCAGCCAGAGCAGGUGGAGACCCAUUCCAGGGCAGUGUCUCGGGAGGAAUUGGGAAGCCUCCACUCAGGACACCAGGAACAGCUGAACCAAAAGAGACCACAUCGGCCCUUACCCAGAAAUGCUCGUUCUUCUCCCUGGGUUCCUGCCCGUGCUGAUGAAUGGAAUACCGUAGAUCAGGAAGUGACAACUACACAUCUAUCUGCUGGGUCCCAGGAACCAGUGAAAGAUGUCCACAUGACGAGAGGCUUUUCCUAUAAAAAGAGUGUGCAUCAGAUUCCUGCUCACAGAGAUCUCUACCGGGAUAUCAGGAAGGAGAGUGUUGGGACCGUGGUCUCCCUGGGAAGUACAGUGUCUACAUCUAACAAGGUAACCCGGUUGGAACAAAGAAAGGAGCCAUGGACCAUAGGUCUCCAUUCCUCUAAUAAGAGGAAUAUACUGCGAAGCAACUACAUCAAAGAAAAGUCAGUUCAUGCUAUUCAGAUCCCUGCAAGGAACGCGGGGAAGGCGUGGAGAGAGCAGCAGCAGUGGGGCUUAGAGGAUGAGAAGAUAGCAGGUGUUCACUGGAGCUAUGAGGAAACAAAGACUUUCCUUGCAAUUCUCAAGGAGUCUCGCUUUUAUGAAACACUUCAGGCUUGUCCCCGAAACAGCCAGGUUUAUGGUGCUGUGGCUGAAUGGCUGCGAGAGUGUGGCUUCCUCCGAACGCCAGAACAGUGCCGAACCAAGUUCAAAAGUCUUCAGAAAAGCUAUCGAAAAGUGAGAAAUGGCCACCUGCUGGAACCAUGUGCCUUCUUUGAGGACAUGGACGCUUUAUUGAACCCCGCUGCCCAUGCUUCAUCCACUGAUAAGCCAAAGGAGGGGCUAUCUCUUCCCAGGCUAAAGAGAAUUGGAAUCAUGGCUAAAGAACAGAUCAGUCUACUGGAGGAGGAGGAAGCUGCAGAAGAAUCUGACGGUGAUGAAAUAGGCAUUGAAUUUAUCCGAAAGUCUGAGAUUCGGGGUGCUCCUGUCUUGUUUCAAAACCUGAGUGGUGUGCACUGGGGCUACGAAGAAACCAAGACUUUUCUUGAUAUCCUUCGUGAGACUCGGUUUUAUGAAGCACUUCAAGCCUGUCAUCGGAAGAGCAAGUUGUACGGGGCUGUGGCUGAACAGCUCCGAGAGUGUGGCUUCCUCCGGACACCAGAACAGUGCCGAACCAAAUUCAAAAGCCUGCAGAAGAGUUACCGCAAAGUGAAGAAUGGCCAUGUGCUGGAGUCCUGUGCAUUCUACAAGGAGAUGGAUGCCCUCAUCAACUCUCGGGCCUCUGCGCCUUCCACAAACCCACCAGAAGAAGUUCCCUCGCCCUCAAGGCAACAACGAGGGCAUGUUGAAAUUGAACCCCAAGGACCUACAGACUGGGAACCUGAGGAGACCUUACGGGAGGCAGUAAUAGAAGAUUCUGGCAGUGAGAGGAUGAGUGAGGAAGAAAUUGUACAAGAGUCAGAAUUCCAGGGACCUACAGGUCUACUGCAAAGCCCAAACGAUUUUGAAAUGGGAAAUAGUAUCAAGGAGGACCUAACACAGGUAAUAUAUAAGGACACAGAACCUCAAAGAGCAUUAAUAGAAAGGUCUAAAAGAUUCAUUUCCCAGAACACUGAUCCCAGUAAGUAUCGCAGAAGGGAGUGCAUCUCAGGAAGACAGUGGGAAGCCCUUCAAGGAGUUAGACAGGGAAAGCUGGUGCCGCAGCCUCGAGAUCUGGGGAAAGCCACGGUGCAUCAGAGGCCUUUCGUGGGGAGGAGACCUUACAGACUGCUCAAGUACGGAGAGACCUUUGGAAGAAGUGCUCGUCUCAUGUGCCGGAUGCCCCACCAGAAGGAGAAUCCGUACAAGUGUAGUGUCUGUGGCAAGUGCUUUGGUAGAAGCAGGAGCCUCAUCCGACAUCAAAGAAUCCACACAGGAGAAAAACCUUUUAAGUGUCUUGACUGUGGCAAAAGCUUUAAUGACUCCUCAAAUUUUGGAGCCCACCAGAGAAUCCACACAGGGGAGAAGCCGUACAGAUGUGCAGAGUGUGGGAAAUGCUUCAGUCAGAGCUCCAGUCUUAUCAUCCAUCAGAGGACCCACACCGGUGAGAAGCCCUAUCAGUGUGCAGAGUGUGGGAAAAGCUUCACCAACAGCUCCCACUUCAGCGCCCACCGCAGGGUGCACACUGGGGAGAAUCCCUACAAGUGUGUGGACUGUGAGAAAAGCUUCAAUAACUGCACGAGAUUCCGAGAACACCGGAGAAUACACACUGGAGAGAAGCCCUAUGGAUGUGCCCAGUGUGGCAAACGUUUCAGUAAGAGCUCGGUUCUCACCAAACACCGGGAAGUUCACGUGAGAGAAAAGCUUCUUCCGCACCCGUCCUCCGUGUAUUCCCCGGAGAACCCCCUGAAGGGGAAGGCCGAGGAGCUCAGGAGGACUCUUUGAUGAGGAACUCCCCUCUCCCUCCACACCCCUUUAGCCAGCUUACCCUGAUCUCACUCUGGAAGCAAUCUUUUCUUAGCUCUAAACUGUAAUUCCCAAGAUAAACUUGAGAAUAUAAAUAAAUUAGACUUCCAUCUUGUUCUCACCUCUGCCUCUAACUCCAUCAGUCUGUCCCUCCUCUCUCAGCUUCUCCCUUAAUACAGUGGAGAAGAUUUAUUGUCUGAGUUUAGAAUGAGAUUCUCUUCAGCAUUGAGGCUUCUGCUCUUAGAUUGCUAAAUUCAGCAACAUUCAAGAUCCUUCCAUGUGGGUAAGAGGCGUUCUCAAGGGGAUAAUUGCUGAAAAGUUUUUGUUGUUUUUAUCUACUACACGAGAUCCUGGAUGCA